GUGUGUGUCUAUGCGAGAGGGAGAGAGAAAGAGUGGCUCCUGGUGCCCCUCCAAGCGCAUUAAGGACACUCGGGCCUUUUAAUUUUAGGAAUGAAUGCUGAUACUUGUGUUUCUUAUUGUGAUCCGGCUGCCAUGGAUUCCUACUACAACGCAGCCUCCCAGGACACAGAAGGCUCCUCGCCUUUUAGGGCAUUUCAAGCAAGUGACAAGUUCAGCCCUACUUUCCUGGCCAGCAAAGGACAAGGCUUUGGUGACAGCGGCACUAAGUGCCGGAGCCGCUACAGCCAGCAGGAAUGUCAGUCCCUGGAUGGCAGCGUGCAGGCUCCCGGCUCCGCCGGCUCCCCGGCCUCCUUUAACAAAUACCCUCCGCAGCAGCAGCAGCCGCCGCACCUCUAUAUGCAGCGAGGCCCCUGCAAAACCCCCCCGGACAGCAACAUCAAGCUGCAGGAGAGCAGCGGCCACAACGGAGCCCUGCAGGUCCCCUGUUACGGUAAGGAAAGAGCUUUGGGAGAGCCUGACUUGCAGCCGAGCUCCGACCCUUCAGCAAUGGACAGCAGCUACCUCAGCGUGAAGGAGGCCGGGGUGAAAGUGCCCCAGGACAGGGCCAGCACAGACCUCCCCAGCCCCAUGGACAAGGCUGACUCGGAGAGCAACAAGGGCAAGAAGCGGAGGAACCGCACCACCUUCACCAGCUACCAGCUGGAGGAGCUGGAGAAGGUCUUCCAGAAGACCCACUAUCCUGAUGUCUACGCCAGGGAGCAGCUAGCCAUGAGGACAGACCUCACCGAGGCUCGUGUACAGGUGUGGUUUCAGAACCGGCGAGCCAAAUGGCGCAAGCGGGAGCGGUUCGGUCAGAUGCAGCAGGUCCGGACCCACUUCUCCACCGCCUACGAGCUGCCUCUGCUCACCCGUGCUGAGAACUACGCCCAGAUCCAGAACCCUUCUUGGAUCGGCAACAAUGGAGCAGCGUCCCCUGUGCCUGCCUGCGUGGUCCCCUGCGAGACGGUGCCCUCGUGCAUGUCCCCCCAUGCUCACCCCCACGCGGCCGGCGGCGUCUCCGAGUUCCUUGGGGUCUCCGGGCCCGGCAGCCACGUGGGACAGACUCACAUGGGCGGCCUCUUCGGCACAGCCGGGAUGAGCCCCAGCCUCAAUGGCUACGAGCUGAACAGCGAGCCGGACCGCAAGACCUCCAGCAUCGCUGCCCUGAGGAUGAAAGCAAAGGAGCACAGCGCCGCGAUCUCCUGGGCGACAUGACAGGGCUGCGGCCCGUGCGCGCCAGACACGGAGAGAGCACGUGGGGACAGCCCGGUCAAUCCAUCCGCUUGGACUCCAGACAGCAGUUGCCUCCUCGGGGAUCUGAAUGCAGCACUUUUAGCUACCCUAGGCAUAUAAAGUACAUAUGUUAAUGUAAGUGGAGCGUUUCCAGCAUGAACGUGGCAGCUCCCGGCUUCCUGGGAUCAGGCAGGGAGAGGGAGGCUGUGGAGCAGCACCUCUUCCAUCAAGAUCUGGGAUAGGAUGCAUCCCUUCUCGCUGCCACCUCCCCAACAACCUGGGCAUUUUUUCUUCCCACUGUUUUUUUCUGACACCAGACAUGCCUUUCCAAAGAGCAAGAGCCCACUGGCCUUUCAGCAGCUUCUCCCAUCCCACCACUUACCAACACACACUCACACACACACUCUCACAUAUUCUGCCCUGGGCAAGGGACUGCAUGGGGACUCUAGCACCAGCAAAGAGACUCUCUCACAUUGCCAACAUCAUUUUAGUGGGAGCUACGACUUCCCACGGCCGAGUGGGGAACAGGGCUGGGGAGAUAACCAAAGCCAGAAAAAGCCAUCUCCUUCUUCCCCGCUCCCACUCCAUCUUGUACUUUGAGAUGAAGCAGAAUUGUAGAGGCCUGUGAAGGGGAUGCCCCUCUACCCACCAUAGCACGGUGUUAUCACGCUGAGAGUCUUUGCCAGCCCUCUGGUGACCCAGAUGGAGAUACACCCCAGCAAACAAAAGCUUUGCAGCAUGGCUCAAUGCCCCUGGGCUUUGCUUUCCCUAAUUGUGCUCUCUGUUGAGCCUCCCAAGUAUGGUGGUACAGGAAAAGAUUCCCUCUGUCUUUCACUGGGUUGGGAAUUAUUAACUUCAAUUUAGAGACAGCAGCUCUGGCAGGGAAGCACAACUGCUCUGUAAAUCUGCAAGUCCCCAGAAAGACUGCUCUAAGAAAGAGCUCAAGCACUAGCACACCACCACAGUGGCACAAGGCCACCAAAUUCCUCAUACACCUCAUGCUGGGAUCAGACAUGUGCAAUGACAGGCCUUCCCUCAGCCCUCCACCCCAGUGCCCUGGGGCACACAAUGGCUGUGGGCAUCUCUGCACCAGGGACAGCAAAGGAACAGGCUGGGAAGGGGCUCAAGGGAGAACAAGAUGAUCCUGCCCCAUCUCCAGCCACCUCAGAUCCUCUUCAUUUGCAGAGGAAGUAGAAGAGACCAGAGCUUCUCUGGUUUGUGAACCAGCAUGCCUCUCUGCCUUUCCGUCCCAGUGCUCUUACCUGCACAGAGCU